AUGAAAAUCGCCGCCGCCAUCGUCGCCUUCGUUUCUGCCAAUCCCAGCGAUAAGCUGACGGCAGAAAACAACCCCUACAUGCCUUCCCAAGAGUCUCGACGAUACAAGCAAUUCUCCACCAUGUUCAACGCCCUAUACACUCCUCAGCAGCUCACCCGAGCUUACGGAUACGGUUGCUACUGCUUGAACCUUGGUGAUCGACCUCUUUCUGGAACCAUGACAGGAGUGUACCCAAUGGACGACAAGGAUAAACACUGCUUCGACUUUGUCCGAUGCAAUCGAUGCGUCACCUUCGACUUUGGACCAGAGUGCACCCCAGAACAAGUUGCUUACGAGUUCACUCAAAACGGCACCGCCAUCACCUGCACCAACGCUGAAAACACCUGCGAGCGAGCCAUUUGCGAAUGCGACAAGGACUCUGUUCUCGGCUUCAAGGACGUUAUCGACAUCUACGACUCAAGCCUUCACGCUUUCAACGGAUUCGAUUCCUUCUCGGAAUGCACUUACAGAAUUCCACCACCUGGCCAGCCAAAACCUGAAUUGGAUUGCUGCGGAGAAUACCCAAAACGACGACCAUACAACAAGAACAAAGACGCAGUCGGCAAGUUCCAAUGCUGCGACGGAGAAGUCACCGACGACAACGAGUGUGAAAACUCAUCCUUCAAUUAA